UGUCACCAAAUUUAAUAUUUUUUUUUUCAAAAUUAUUUGAAUUUUAAAAUUUCCGUUUUUUGUUUGAUGUUUUAAUGGGCAUAACAUUGUCCACCAAUAGUCAAGGUGUGAACAACCUCAAUGGCUAUAUCACCCAAAAAGUGGCCCAUGGAAAUUUGAACAUUUUAUCCGGCCUUUUUGCAAACGUAAAUCUAGAUGGAGCUCCGCUGAUACGUGGUGUUUUCGGUGAAAUUGAAAAUUCCUCUUUGUCUCUGGGUCUAACCUAUGCCCACAUGGCCUCCACGGGCCUGCAUUUGCAAAAGAAUCUACGUUUGAAUAUUUUCAAGGAUGACAAAGAAGCCAUGGAUUUGAAUUUCUUUCACAAUGAAGUCAGUUUGGGUCGCAAUGUGAAAUUUGCAAGGUAUGGAGGAAAUUUAGGUUGGAGAUGUUCCAAGGGUCACAUGAUAUCGUUUGGUGUGUCCCAUACUGACCUCUUCAAUACCACUGCCAUGGAGGCGGCCUUUAAGAUAAAUUUAUGGAAAUCGAAAGAGGGGGCGAGCAGUUUGGAUAUUAGCACAAAUGUGGCCCAUUUUAUAAAGGGUCCCCUGGAGGGGCAUCAGGAUGUAAUGGUCACCCUGGCAUUUUCGUAUAGUCUGGGAUGAAAUUAAAGGCAAUUUUUUUCGGAAUAUUAAA